GUAUGUGGGACGCGUGCUCCGCCUCAGCAUGGCCUCCCAUGUACACCGGCGUGGGCUCCUAGAACUGGCAGGGACCGUGAGUUGUGUUGGCACCCGCACUCCCGUGGCCUACGUGAACUACGGUUGCUAUUGUGGCCUGGGUGGCAAUGGCCAGCCCCGGGACGCCAUUGACUGGUGCUGUUAUCGCCACGACUGCUGCUACAUCCGUGCUGAGAAGAUGGGCUGCAUGCCCAAGUUGGAGGGCUACUCCUGGCAGUGCGUCAACCAGAGCAUCGUGUGUGAACCAACGGAGGACAAAUGCAAACAACUCUUAUGCAAGUGUGACCAGGAGAUUGCUUACUGUUUAGCCCCAACUACGUACAACUUAAAGUACCUCUUCUACCCCCGUUUCUUAUGUGAGAGGGACCCACCCAAAUGUGACUAACUAGACUGACUUGAAAUGUCCUUUUGCACGAGGAAAUAAAACUCCCUUUCACUAUCAA